CACACACACAAGCUGGGUCUCCUUGGGGGCGGGGCCUCGCCUCGGGUUAUAAAGCAGCCCUCGCAGCCUCGGGUGCUUCCAGACCCUGCGCGCCAUGGCCUCCAGUCGGCCGCUGACCGUCCAGCUCCUGGUCGCUCUGGUGUCUCUACUCUGCCUUCCCAAGGUCCGCUGCGCCGGGGUCUUCGAACUACAGAUCCACUCUUUCCGGCCCGGUCCAGGGUCUCCGGACUCUUCGGACUCCCCGUGUGGCUCCCGGGGCUCCUGCCGUCUCAUCUUUCGUGUCUGCCUGAAGCCGGCGCUGCCCGACCGGAGCCCGGACCUGCCGUGUGCUUUGGGGGUUGCGCUCAGUACCCCGGGGACCCCUGACCCCGGGGGCCCCACCGAUCCCGGCCCGCAGCUCUCCCUGGCUGACGGCCUCAUCCGUGUCCCCUUCCGUACCGCCUGGCCGGAGACUUUCUCUCUAGUCAUCGAGUCUUGGAGGGAGGAACUUGAAUCCAGGAGUAAGAAAGAGCCGGGGGAGAAGCUUCCAGGGCCGGAUCGAAGUCUGUUAAGCCGGUUGGCUGGGCGGCACAGAUUGGCCGUCGGCGGCCCCUGGGCCCGGGAUGCUAAGCAGGCCGGGGGCUGGGAGCUCCUCUUCUCCUACCGGGUUCGCUGCGAGCCUCACUACUAUGGUCCUGCCUGUGCCCGCCUCUGCCGCCCUCGGGACGACCCCCUCGGCCACUUCUAUUGCGGGGCCAAUGGGGAGCGCGUGUGCACGGACGGGUGGGCUGGAGACAUGUGUGCCCGGCCCGUAUGUCAGGUAGGCUGCAGUGCUGAACACGGCUCCUGUGAGAGGCCAGGUGAGUGCCACUGUCGUCAAGGCUGGACCGGCCCCCUCUGCACUGUCCGAGUGGCUGGCAGUGACUGCUCCAGCCUCCAGCCAUGCACCAAUGGAGCCACCUGCUCCCACCUCCCAGGAUUCCCCAGCCACCGAUGCCUCUUCUCAGCUGGACUGUGUGAUGAUCACCCGUGUACCAAUGGUGGCAGCUGCAGUGAGGUGGCCGGGGACUUUGAGUGCACAUGUCCUCGGGGCUUCUAUGGCAAGCGGUGUGAGGUCAUUGGAAUGACGUGCGCUGAUGGGCCCUGCUUCAAUGGGGGUACUUGUGCCGAUGGUGGAGUCCCUGCUGGCUACACCUGCCGCUGCCCACCAGGCUUCCAUGGAUCCAACUGUGAGAAGAAGGUGGAUCGCUGUACCCUACAACCUUGUCGCAAUGGUGGUCUUUGCCUGGACUUGGGCCGCGCCGUACUGUGCCGCUGCAGGCCCGGCUUCGGGGGUCCGCGAUGCGAGCGCGACCUGGACGACUGCGCGGGACGGCCCUGCGCCAACGGGGGCACGUGCGUGGAUGGCGCGCACAGCUUUCGCUGCUCCUGUACGCUGGGCUUCGGGGGCCGCGACUGUCGGGAACGCGCAGACCCCUGUGAUCCCCAGCCUUGCGCGCACGGUGGCCGCUGCUACGCGCACUUCUCCGGCCACGUGUGCUCCUGCGCGCCGGGCUACAUGGGCGCACGCUGCGAGUUCGCCGUGAGUCCCGCACCCAGGGACGCGGAAGGGUCGGAACUCCAGCCUGCUCCCGCCCCACCCCCGCCCGGGCCCCACCGCGGGCCGCCACAAGCAGCCCGAAGCGGGCACUGGCUGCCCCCGGCAUUGGGGCUACCCUUCGCUCUGGUGCUGCCGCUGGCCGUCGUGGCUGGAGGUGCGGCGCUCCUGGUUAGAGUCAGGGCUCGAUGGCGGAACCCAGGGGCGCGGCCCCUUCCUUCCUCCCCAGACCCUGCCCCUCCAACCCCUACUCCAGCCGACGCGCUCAACAACCUCCGUGCUCGCGAGAGCGGCUCCCUGGCCUCCGCUUUUCAGGGCCUCGGGAACUUAAAAGCGCCCAAGCACGAGCGGACGCAGCCACUGCUGGAGCGCCCCUCCGGGAUGAGGGCCGAAGACUGGUGUCUUCCCGGGGACAGCGACCCCCGAACCAUUUAUGUCAUCCCAGACUGCUCGCUCUUUGUCAGAGAGGUCUGAAUCAGCCCUCCCCUGGACUUGUCCCUCUCUUCUGAUUCCUCGAAGACACAGACGUUGACAUAUUUCUUCUCUGACGGUGUUUCUGCAGACAUUUCACCUCUUCCCCCCGACACACUCAAGGGAGGGGGGGGGAAAUGAGGCGUCAGCAGGCAGGAAAAGUCUCUCGGGGAAGGGAGCUGCCCUAAUCCCUUUGUGGCUCAGGAUGCCUGUUCCGGAUAAACUCAGUUCUGUAUUGGCGGAGUCAAGGAGCUCAUCUCUCACUUUGAAUUGUGUAAAAAGAAUAUUUACAACAGUCCCCCUUCCUCAUCUUUGCAGAUGCAUCUAUGAUUGUUUUUAUUUUACUCAAUGCCAUUUCUCUGUGCGUGGUCCCAGGAUCCAGCUCUGGUUCUCUGGUAUGGGCUUGGGGGAGAUGUAUAGACUAGUGUCAGUCAAGGUUAACCUCUAUAAUGUUCUUAGGAGGUUUUCAGUUGGAAGUGGGAAGAAGGGGGACAGAAGAUUUAGAAAUCCUACCACCACCCUCCUGCCAGCGACAUUGGUUCUAGGAGAAUCUCUGGGGUUGUGAGAUAACAGCCCCCUAGAAAAGGUGGGACAGAGACAAGGGGGAAGGACAUCAGCUUUCUUCAGCCCCUGACACGGACUGCAGUUCCCAUGCAAGCUGGUUUGAGGCAGCACCACCCAGAGAUAUGUAGGGAGACCAACCCCUCUGCUCAACGUUCCCCCCACUUUACCUGAUGCUUCCUUCACUCCUCAUCCCCAGUCUUGACAGAAGGCUUGGAUUCCAGAUCUCACUGGGAGGAAGGAACCAUUGGGCUCCAAGGGUCUGAAACUCUCCUUCUCCAGUGGCUGGACCCAGAUUUGAGGAAGAGAGGUUACAUUUGGAUUCUAACAAUAAUAAAUGAUUUU